AAGGAGAAAAAAGUGAAGAAAUCUAAACGCCGUGACAAACCUGAGAAGAGAAAGACUCCAACGGAUUCAAGUGAGGAGUCGGAGGAUGACGUUGAGCCCCCGAAACUCAAGAAAUCAAGGAGUGAAGUUAAACAAAACGGUGAAACAAGAGAAGAAAGCCCGAAGACCACGAGCUUAUCUUCCUUAAAUGUUAAAUCCACCCCCAAAAAACAGAACAACAAUUCUAGUGAAAUGCCAAAUGGUGAUGGUGACAGUGAGCAAGAGCAGGAGAUGACUGAAGAACAGAAAGAGGGUGCUUUCUCCAAUUUUGCUAUUUCCAAAGGGACUGUUCAGCUUCUUCAAGCUCGAGGAGUGACAUACCUGUUUCCUGUGCAAGUGAAGACCUUUGACCCAGUAUAUUCUGGCAAAGAUGUAAUCGCUCAAGCACGAACUGGAACAGGGAAAACAUUCUCUUUUGCUAUUCCCUUAACUGAAAAGCUUCAGGGAGACUCAGAGGAAAGAAAAAGAGGCCGUUUACCAAAGGUACUAGUUCUUUGUCCAACGAGAGAGCUGGCAAACCAGGUUGCCAAAGAUUUCAAGGACAUCACAAGAAAGCUAACAGUGGCUUGUUUUUAUGGAGGAACUCCAUAUAAUGGACAAUUUGAUCUCAUAAGAAGUGGCAUUGACAUUUUGGUUGGGACCCCUGGUCGAAUCAAGGACCAUAUUCAAAGUGGCAAGCUGGACCUUACCAAGGUGAAACAUGUUGUACUUGAUGAAGUUGACCAGAUGCUGGACAUGGGAUUUGCUGAGCAAGUGGAAGACAUAUUGCGAGUUGCAUACAAGAAAGAUUCUGAAGACAAUCCCCAGACACUGCUGUUUUCUGCAACUUGCCCACACUGGGUGUAUGAUGUGGCUAAGAAAUACAUGAAGUCUAAAUAUGAACAGAUUGACCUUAUUGGGAAAAGAACUCAAAAAGCUGCUACAACAGUGGACCAUUUGGCAAUAGAAUGUCACUGGACUCAGAGAGCUGCGGUUAUUGGAGAUGUCAUUCAGGUCUACAGUGGCAGCCAUGGGAGGACCAUCGUCUUUUGUGAGACCAAAAAAGAGGCAAAUGAACUGGCUCUAAAUGCUUCAAUCAAACAGGAUUGCCAGUCAUUGCAUGGUGACAUUCCUCAGAAGCAAAGAGAGAUCACACUGAAAGGUUUCAGAAAUGGUACAUUUAAAGUUCUGGUUGCCACCAAUGUAGCUGCCCGUGGUUUAGAUAUCCCUGAAGUUGACCUGGUUGUACAAAGUUCACCACCAAAGGAUGUGGAGUCCUAUAUCCAUCGUUCUGGACGCACAGGUCGAGCUGGACGGACUGGGAUCUGCAUCUGUUUUUAUCAGCGCAAGGAGGAAUAUCAGUUGAGACAUGUGGAACAAAAAGCGGGCAUUACAUUCAAGCGUGUUGGUGUUCCUACUGCAAGAGAUAUAAUAAAGGCUUCCAGCAAAGAUGCCAUCAGGUGCCUGGAUUCUGUUUCCCAGACUGCAAUUGACUAUUUCAAAGAAUCUGCUCAAUUGCUUAUACAAGAAAAGGGACCAGUUGAUGCUCUGGCUGCAGCUCUAGCCCAUAUUUCAGGUGCUACUUCCAUUGAACAGCGCUCACUGCUGAACUCGGAUGUGGGAUUUGUUACAAUGAUACUACGCUGCUCAGAAGAAAUAAACAAUAUGAGCUAUGCUUGGCGAGGACUGCGAGAACUGUUGGGUGACGAUGUUGAUCGGAAGGUGACCAGAAUGUGUUUCCUCAAGGGAAGAAAGGGUGUGUGCUUUGAUAUUCCUGCAGCAGAACAAAAGAACGUAGAGGCAAAAUGGGAAGAUUCAAAACAAUGGCGUUUGUGUGUAGCAACUGAAUUACCUGAGUUGGUAGAACCACAGCGAGCAGGAGGCGGCGAAGGAAAUGGCCGAAGCUUCUCAGGCUCUAGGAAUGGAUGGCGUGGUAACUCUGGCAGAAACAGAUUCAGAAGCAGAAGCCAGAAACGAAGUUUUGACAGAGCAUUUGAUCGUUAA